UUUUCCAUUAUUAAUCCGCAAGACAAGAACCGUGAAAUAAUUUCGCAUGCAGAUUAAAUUUAUCGAAAUCAACGAUCAAUAUCUUAGACGAUUUACUCAUGCGAAAACAAAAACUUCGUUCUCACCGUUUCUCCCGAUAGCCGAUAACGAUUAAAAACUGCCUUUUGCUGCCUGCCAAUGAUAACGAUAGCUAAGACGACGACAUAUCGACGAUACCUAUCGACGAUAUUCGAUUAUUCUCGUCUCGUCGAAUACUUGUUACACGUUGUGCUUUUUAGACGCGUCAUGAACGCCGCCGUUUAUCCUUCGACGAAGUAUCCGAUUCGAGAACCGAGUAAUAAUAUUUUGCCGCCUUGUGAGAUGAGAGGGAACAGUUCGUAGUUUAUAAUAAAAACCAGUUGCUACUUUUGAGGGUGAAGAGACGCGAAGACGUGAGAAAUGGGAAAUUCGAAGUCGAAGAUCAAGCGGGCAGGGAAAACGAAGAGAAAGAGUGGGAAAAGUGCUCAGUUCGAAAGUAUUUCCAAAUCGUCCGAUCUCUCCUCCAUCGAAUUCGCUAACGAUCCGCAAUUAGUGUCACUGAGACAAAUGAUUAAAAGGAAUCCGGAAUUGUUCAUACUGAACAACCUCAUGAUGUGCGUUCAAUUUUUCAGGAAUUACGAAGAGGAGAUCAAACAUCUGAAGAGUAAGGUGGAGUUCUCGCGCGAGAAGAAGAUGAACGAGCAAUUGCCCCCGCAGAAACGAGUUUUAUUUCCAGACAUUCUUCAGGAGCACAUCACCUACCACGUCGGUUUCAUCUCGAGGCGACAAGAUUUCCGACCGACGAUCGAACCCCUUCAACCCGUCCGCAUAUACAUGGUCCACGACAACAUCGACAUCACGGAGUCGACGGAAAAUUACUCGUCCCAUUACAGCAACGUGAACGAUUCUAUCACGUACAGCAUACUGUUGAAACCUACGAAACAAGGUUACGUGCAGCUUCGAAUAUUGGACGACUUCUUCUUGAAGAGGAAAUCGACCAAGGAGGAAGACAUAGACCUGUCUUCCAUACUCGAGGACGACGACGAAGUGUACAGCGACGGCAGUAUCUACGGGGCGAAGCCCCGGUCCAACGCGUCCGUCCAUUCGGCCAUCUCGUACAAGUCGAAGCACGACAUGUUGAAAAGCAAGCACACGAGGUCGCUGCCCAACUUGGUCGAGGACUUGUCCCGCUCCGUCGGUAUCAAGGAUUACGACGCUACCGGCGGAGGAUCGUUGGAGGAGCGAAGGAGCGAGAGCCGGUCGAAGGCGGUGGGUGGCAGCCAGCAGAAAGACGCGCAACAAUCGAAAUUCCAAUCGGGUUUGACGAGUCAGGAUCAUCAUCCGAGCAGCAACAGCUCCGGAUACAGGUCCGACAAUUACGCGAUAUACAGCGAGAGCAGUUGCAACCCGAGCUCGGGGGUGUCGCAGACGUCCUCCAGUUACGAGGAGAUAGAGGAAUCUUGGAUAACGAAAGGGGAAUUCCCGAAGCACUGUUUCAAGAAGGUGACGUACACGAGCGAGGGGAAGAUCUACAACCCGGCCGAGGAGAACAUGCAAUUUUUGAACAGCAAACAGCGCAGGAUCAAGCUCGCGAUGAAGCGGCACAACUACGAUCUGUUCUACAUGAGCAGCACCGAGUUCAUGAGACAUUUUAUUAAAUUGUUCGUGUACCGGUUCGGGGAGUUGUUGUGCUUCGAUCGGGAGACGGUGGAGGACGUGAAGCGGGAGGGAUGCGUGCUCUACUGCGACAAAAUUAUGAUAUCGGACGCGUUCAAGUACAGCCAGAUAGAGCAGUACGAGAUCAUCCCCGCCAUCUGGCUGAAAUGGCCCGUCUGCGGCCAGGAGUGGCCGUACAGGUCGAGGGAAAGUUGGCCGAGCGAAAGCGACAUCGACAAGGUGAAAGAUUUCGGGUGCUACGUUGUGCCGGAGGGCUACGUGCCGAAAAGUGGAAAUAACAAUCUCAUCGAGGAUCUCGAGUGGCAGCUCACGUUCCCGACAGCCGAAAGGUAUCUCGAAACCUGCAUGACGCAGGCCCAGGUGCAGGUGUACUUGAUCGCUUUGAUGCUUCACAAGACGUUCAUGAGACCUAUAUUCGACACCAUGUUCGGAAUGACGACCGCGCACAUCAGGCACAAAUUGUUUUGGAUGAUCGAGGAGAACGACAAGCCGGCCAAGUGGCCCGAGAACGGGACGGGGGAGUGUUUGUUGAAGCUGCUCAACUCUUUGUACCACAACAUCAGCCAGAACGAGCCUAUAUUGAAGGAUUACUUCAUCAAGGACAGGAAUCUCUUUCAAAGAAUACCGUGCGAACAUCUGCUGCACACGCAAAAGCAGCUCAAGAGGAUCACCGAGAAUCCGAUAAUGUACGUUUUUCACGCGAUGGAGAAUAUUCAGUACAAAAAUAAUUUUUUCCCGAGAUUAGAUUUCGAACAGUUGUUGAGAAUAUUAACGGGCGAAACGUUGGCGUUGAUCAAUCCGAGGUUGAACCGAUACAUCUCGAGAAAGCCGCAGAAGAACGUAAAUCCCGACCAAGAGGAUAAAUACGACGAGAGAGGAUUUUGGGACACGCAACGAGUCAAACAUUCCGUCCAAUCGAUCACAAACAGAACGUUGAUCAACACGCGCAAAGCUACAGAUUCGAUUAUUGAAAUCUCGACUCGAUGCGCCCAGUUGGAAGGUCCAAGGCUAUGCAUACUUUUGAAAUUCUUCAUAAAACACUUCAUAGAAAUCGCUGAAUGUUGCAUUCAAUAUAAAGCGUAUCGACAGAAAACUGUGUAUCUCAAUCAAGCCGAUCGAUUGUCCAUUCUGCUUUUCGAGGACGAAAAUUACAGGAGCGACGCUCAAACUUAUCGUGAGAAGAUAAAAAGUCUCAGGACGACGAGUUCGAAACAGCAAUACGACCCGUCGAAUAAUCCGUCGGAUGACUCCUUGAGAAACUCGAAAAAGGCGAUAUACGUUGAAUCGUUGAACAAUCGGUUUACGUCGAAACUCGUUCAACGGAAUUCGACGGAAACGAAACAAAAAUUGUCAGAAGAGCGAUCUGAUCGAGAGAAUAAUCAUACUUAUAGCGUGAAAGCAAUCAUUCAUGAGAGGCAGUACGAAGAACCGGAUAGAUUGAACGAGGAGAGUAACGGAGUAACGAUUAAUCAAAACGAGAAUCAAAUUUCAAAAUCGGAACACUUUUAACUUUUAAUUAAACGAAGAAAAAUAAUCAAAUUAAACGAUACUUUACGAAUAUUUAAAAAUGCGCCAAAGCACGUACGAUUCCUCCAUUAUCAUGAUAAAUAAAGCUUUAGCGAUCCGUAAUUUAUUGUUAUUUAAAAAACUAUUUAUAUUUAGAAAAAUUGACACGUAGAAUAACAGAACGAAUAAAUUACGAAAUUUAAAUUAUUAUAAAAAUCUAACGUAGAUUAAAAUUUCGAUUAACUUUAACCCGAAUGUAAAUAUUUAAAUAUUCGUAUGUUUUAAAUUUGUAGCAAAAAAAAUUUCGUAACACGUCCUUCUCACUUACCUUCACUCCGUGUUCUGUAUAGAAAUCUGCGGUACCCAUACUAGCGUAUAAUUUAUAACCCAUCUUAUGAAGACUGCGAAUAGAUGGUAACAAUUCCAUCUUGUGCUGUAAUCGAAAUAAACAAUGACGAAUUAAUUACGAUUCC